AUGGUUGGUCAUCUGACCUUGGAAGGUGAAUUGGUCAUCUAUGAUAGAUUCCAUUUCUUUGGCCCAAACGAAUACCAAGGCUUCCUGGCAGCUGGAUACUAUCCACCCAGUAAUACAUACAUUGUUUCGAGUCCUGAGCGAGUGGGUGAUGAUCCCAAUCAAUACUCCUACAAUGUACCAAUCAGACAAUACGACACGUCCACUGGUCGUUUGGUGUCCUCUGUGAACAUCUCUAAUAUUUACAGUGAGUUCCAAUACAUGCCAUACUUUGACUCGAUGGUGGUGGCAGUUGGUGGCAACUUCUCUUUGUUCGACCCUACCACUGGCAACACGAAAGAUUUGAUCAACACUGGUGAUGGUAAUGUAUACUUGGCCGCUCAAGCCUUUGGCCAAUCGACACUAUACUCAUGGUCAGAGGAGAUCACUCAAGAUCGUUUCUAUACCACCAUUGACCUCACUACAAGUCCAUACAACGUGACAAAAGUGAGCGAUGAUGCUUCUGUUUAUGUCUGGGGACAACUUCUUGUUGGCAACAUCUAG